AACCAUGCAAUCAGAUUUUUUAAUAUCCCUUCAAGAUUUGAUAUUUAACACCUUCAUUACUACUAAUACAAAGUGCACAUUCAUCAUUCCCCAUUUCCCCCAACUUUCUAUUUUUUUUUGGCUUCCAUCUCAAAAAUAGGCCAAAGUUAAUUAUUGUUACGUUACUCUUUUAUCAAGUAAGGAACCUCUGUGAAAAAAACAAAUAGAACAAUGAUUCUUAUAACCAACCUGUUAUGAUUAUUUCUCCUUCGUUCUUGCUUGCACCCCACAACUUCUUUAAUUUUUUCUUAUUAUAAAGUUUGUAUUUUUAUCAAGAAAAUUGAAUAAACUGGUUCUUGAAUUCCAAAAUGUCUGAAACCCCAUCUCAGAAAGAGUAUGAAAAAGUUACUUUCUUGUUUGUUAUUAAGAAAAUAAAGAGAUUCAGGUUAUUUGAGCCUUCUUUGAGUAUUCUUGGAUUCUUUAUAGUUAUCUGUCUUGUUUUGUGUUUUGCCUUGUUGGAUUACAGAAGUGUGGUUAAAGUGUUGAAAUUGUCUGCUGAGUCUCAGAAGAGGUUUUUGUUGUUGAGAUUUGAUAGGACAAUUGUUGAGAGGAAAAAGAUUGAUUUUUUGAGUGAAAAUGUUGGUGGUUGUGAUGUGUUUGAUGGUGAUUGGGUUUGGGAUGAUAGUUAUCCUUUGUAUAAUUCUAGAGAUUGUAAAUUCUUGGAUGAAGGUUUUAGGUGUACUGAGAAUGGAAGGCCUGAUUUGUUUUACACAAAAUGGAGAUGGCAGCCUAAAGCUUGCAAUUUGCCCAGAUUUGAUCCCAGGAGCAUGCUAGAGAAACUGCGGAAUAAACGCGUAGUGUUUGCCGGAGACUCAAUUGGGAGAAAUCAGUGGGAGUCUUUGCUUUGCAUUCUUUCUUCAACUAUAGCCAACAAGGACAACAUCUAUGAAGUUAAUGGCAGCCCUAUCACGAAACACAAAGGGUUCUUGAUCUUCAAGUUUGCUGAUUACAAUUGCACCGUGGAAUACUAUAGGGCUCCGUUUCUUGUGUUGCAGAGUCGACCUCCUGCUGGAGCCCCAGCCAAUAUAAGAACAACUCUCAAGUUAGAUAAAAUGGAUUGGAGCUCUUUAAAAUGGAGGGAUGCAGAUGUCAUUGUUUUCAAUACUGGACACUGGUGGAACUACGAGAAGACCAUAAGAGGGGGUUGUUACUUUCAAGAGGGGUCAGAUGUGAAGAUGGAUAUGGAAGUGGAUACUGCCUAUGAGAGGUCUUUGCGAACGGUGUUAGACUGGGUAAGUCGUGAAGUUAACUCCAAUAAAACCCAAGUCUUCUUCCGGACAUACGCCCCAGUACAUUUCAGAGGUGGAGACUGGAGAACUGGGGGAAGCUGUCACCUGGAGGCACUUCCAGAUCGAAGUUCUUCAUUGGUGCCACCCCACACAUGGGCUCGAUACAGUAUAUUCCGUGAUGUAAUGUCAUCUCGCUCAAACACGUCAAAUCAAGGAGCAUUACGUGUUCUAAAUGUAACACAUCUAACCUCCAGAAGAAAAGAUGGGCAUUCAUCAAUGUACUAUUUAGGUCCUACGGUAGGCCCUGCGCCUAUCAAUAGGCAAGAUUGCAGCCACUGGUGCCUGCCGGGAAUCCCAGAUACAUGGAAUGAGCUACUCUAUGCCCUAUUUAUGAAGCGCAAAGCAACUCAAAGUUUGAACACAUCAACCAUCCAGGUACAAUGAUCCAAGGUUGCUUCUAGGAUACAUGUUUUACUUAUGCACUCAACAGGACUAAGACAUCUCAAAUAUAAGGAUGCUUGUCCGAUAAAAUACAGAAUUGAGAAGAUACAAAGAUUACAAGACACUGGAGGCAAGGCAAGAACCAAUAUCUCAUUGCUGUUUCAAGACUUGCUUCUAUGUAGAUUUGAUAUGUCAAACUGAAGAUAAUUCCAAUUUUAGGGGUAAGGUGUAUACAGGGUCAUUGAAUAAAAUAGAUAAGCUCAUAGAUAGGAGAUUAGGGCUAUUUCAGAUGUAGUGAAAUUUUGGGUUACAACUUGUAGCUGGACAAAGAAAAGAAUGUAAGUUGAAGUAGCUACGUGAAUUACGCUUAUUCUGUCUAAUAUUCUUUGAUUG